AUGUCCGGAGGGAAACGUCAAUUUACGCGGAACUGUUGUUGGGCCGGAAUUGAAAGGUCCUGUCAUGGCUGCGUUCAUCGUCAAAGCAGCUCACAUGUGAGGAGACUGAACGAAGGAAGGUUCACAUCAUGGAAGAAGAAUCCUGUGCCUUUGAUACUUGAUAAUAUAAGGAUGUAUAAAUCCGGCGUGGACAUGCUCAAAUGUGUUCUUAGGAAAUGUGACUCUUUAAUACGUACGAACACUUUACACUGUAGGAUUAGAAGUGUUGCCUCCUCUUCUCACUGGGACAGAAAAACCACACAAGGACGCUCAUUUGAAAGAGUCCGAUAUUACAGUCAGCCUAGUAAACAUGGAGACUUUCUUAACGUUCAGGUUAAACAAACCACUAAACUGCAACCAACCGACCCCGGUGAACUACCCCCGGAAAAAACAGCACCUUUCUACACACAUUUGCUAGACUGUUUUUCACCCACUGAUGUGCUGGACACGUCGCAUCAGUUUCCAGAGUCCCAGCGGCACGUUAGCAGCACGUUAACUCGUAUGUGGGACACCAUGAAGAGAAUGACGGAUGAGCAGAGACGCUAUGAGCUCCGGCUGAUGUUUGAUCAUCCGGGGUUCGAGGAGCUCUGCGAUCGGGCCGCGACCGACGCCUGGCGCAUGAGGAACGAUGAUCUGGUGUACAGUCUGCUGGCGAUAGUCAAGCUGGGGGUUUCACAAAACACACGUGUGGUGCAGACGCUGCUGCGGGUGACACAGGAGCGUCUGAAUCAGUUUGAUGAGAGGUCUCUCUCAGUGUUGGCUGGCUCUUUACGAGACAUGGAGGACGGCAAGAACGUCCAGGCCCUGAGAGAGGCUUUGAGGUUGUUGUUGAAAGUUCGUAUAUCAGACAUUCAGAGCGUGGUGGUUCUACAGAGCAUGAUGAGAGCCGUGGGCAGGGAUUCUCCCAUUCACCUGAAGAAACAGCUGGCGAUGAAAGCUUUGUCCAUGACAGGUAACUUCAGUCCACCCAACAACCAGUACAUGUUCUGCAGUUUGGCCGCUAUGGGUCUGAACUUCAAACCCCUGUUAGAUGUCUGCAGCCAGAAGAUAGCUGAAAAUGUGCACGGGUUUCCCUUCAAUAGGCUUCUAGUUGUGCUGAAGUCUUGCCAUGAACUGCGCUACAGGAACUACAGCCUCUUCAGCGCCGUGUCUGAGUAUGUGGCCAACACCUUUGACAUGUGGUCCAACAAACAGGUGAUUCUCUUUCUGGUAACAUUCGAGGAUCUUGCGUUCAGACCCGCGGCUCUGUUGGAUGCAUUUGCUGAGAGAAUUCUUCAGAACUCAGACUCUCUGACCCUGAGAGAUCUCCUGAGCAUUUUAAAAGUCUUUUCACUUUUCAGUCAUGACUUGAAAGACAACAGACAAGAGUUUUUGAUCAGCGUAACAAGAGGUUUAGAGACCUACCUUUCUAAAAUCUCCAACAUUGACUUGCUGAAAGCCGUCCACUAUCUUGCGUUCCUGGAGCAUUUCCCCCAAACUCCACUGGAGAAACUGUUUGAGCAGGACACCCUGGACCUGCUCCUGCAAAAAGGCAGAAAGACAGGCAAGGUUCAGAACUGGCUGCACGCUUUGGAUCUGUGUCUACGUCUGGAUAAAUCUCACCUGCUCUCAUCCCUUACCUCUAUUCCAAACCUCCAGAUCCCGGCUCAGACUCAGGAGAUUUCAGCGAACCAGGAAGUGCUCAGUGCUGUCAGGGGCAUUGUGGGAAAUGAUGCAGUUCAAGAGGGUGUGCUGGAACAGGGCGUUUAUUUUAUUGACUGUGUGAUUACUCCAUCUGGUCAGACACACGGGAAUUGUGGACCCCACAAUGAUGAUUCUAAGUAUCUCGAUUGUGCUGAAAGGACUGCUGUGGUCUGCGCUCCACUUCAUUCAUUUUGCUUUGGUUCAACACAUCCUCGAGGCCACCUGGCUGUCAAACUUCGCCAUCUCAAAAAACUCGGAUAUAAAUCUGUUCUGGUUCCAGUCCAUGAGCUCAGAUCUCAGACUGAGGAGGAGAGGAUAAAGAUGCUCCAGAAGCUGAUUUUUCCUGCACAGGAAUCCACUGAAGGGCAGACAGUACAACAAGACAGCCCGAAAAUGUUAUAAAUGUACCUACAGAACCAAUUCUGUUGUUUUUCAUUGGUUUGUGCGUAAUGCAUAGAGCCUUUGUUUGAUAUCGCUAAGAGAUUGUUUUGGGAUGCAUAUUUAUUGGUAAUAUUAAACUAUUGUAUUUAUCAUUCAAUAUCAAAUGAUACACCUACUUUUAGGGAAAUACAUGUGAAAAAUGCUAAUGAUAAUAAAAAAGCUA